UGCCGUGAGUAUGAAUGUGUGCGUGUGUGUGAGAGGGCGAUGCAGUUGGAGCUCCACACACACAGAGCAUGCCUGUGAGUGCGGGCGCAGGCAAACAUGAGCCUCCCCAGCCCCGAAAGCAGCGUCCAGAGCAGCAGCGUGAGCGCCAGCCUGAGCCCCAGCAGCCUGAGUCUACCGCCCCCUUCCUCCCCCUCUCCCUCCCUCUCUCUCUCCCUCAUCUCUCGCUCCCUCGCCUCAUCCACUCUCGCCCCGCUCCGCCUCAGCCUGAGCUGCACCGCCUCUCCAGCACCGCCAGCCAGGGGGACAGCUCCCGCCGUUCCCACGGUGACGGUUGCCGAGCGCCGGCCGGCCCCAUGGAGGAACCCCAGGGCAACACGCUGGUCGUCCGCAUAGGCAUCCCCGACCUGCAACAAACGAAAUGUAUGAAGUUUAACGUAGAGGCACCAAUUUGGCUGUCUAAGCAGCGCAUCCUUUGCACACUGAACCAGAGCCUGAAAGAUGUGCUGAAUUACGGCCUGUUCCAGCCUGCAUACAAUGGUAAAGCCGGCAAAUUCCUGGAUGAACAGCGCACACUGAAGGAGUACCCACUACCAGCCAUUACCCCUAUACCAUACCUGGAGUUUCGCUACAAGAGACGUGUUUACACACAGGCCCACCUGGAUGACAAGCAGCUGUCCAAACUGCACACUAAGGCUAACUUGAAGAAGUUUAUGGAAUAUGUUCAGCAGAGGAAUAUUGAGAAGGUAUCAAAGUUUCUGGAGAAAGGGCUUGACCCAAAUUUCCACGAUCCAGAGACCGGAGAGUGUCCAUUGACGAUGGCAGCUCAGUUAGAAGGCUGUGCAGAGCUCAUUAAGGUGUUGAAGGGUGGAGGAGCUCACCUGGACUUCAGGACCAGAGAUGGCAUCACUGCUCUCCACAAAGCUGUGCGCACAAAAAACCACACAGCGCUCAUAACUCUGCUGGACCUGGGUGCGAGUCCAGACUAUAAGGACAGCCGUGGUUUAACUCCACUGUACCACAGCUCCAUGGUAGGGGGGGAUCCGUACUGCUGUGAGCUGCUUCUGCACGACCACGCUCAGGUGGGCUGUGUGGACGAAAAUGGUUGGCAGGAGAUCCACCAGGCCUGUCGUCAUGGUCAUGUGCAGCACCUGGAGCACCUGCUGUUCUAUGGAGCCGAUAUGAGUGCGCAGAAUGCUUCUGGAAACACUGCCCUACACAUCUGUGCCCUCUACAACCAGGAUAGCUGUGCGCGAGUUUUGCUGUUCAGAGGGGCGAAUAAAGAGAUAAAAAACUACAACAGCCAAACUGCUUUCCAGGUGGCUAUCAUAGCUGGAAACUUUGACCUGGCAGAAAUUAUAAAAGUUCACAAAGCAUCAGAUGUUGUGCCUUUCAGGGAAACGCCCUCCUACACAAACCGCCGGCGUGUGACUGGAGGCGGGACUCUGACAUCAUCACGCUCGCUGCUUCGCUCCGCCUCUGACAACAACCUGAACGGGGCAGAUGUUGGCCCCACCCAUUCGCCCGUGCCCUCUCUGCGGAGUCUGCCUCCUCUAGCGCCCCCCGGGGGCGAGGCAGCAGACGGCAGUCUGCAGAGCACAGGCAGCUCACGCUCUUCCCACUCCCGCUCACCCUCCCUGCACCGUGUCAGCGAGGAGCCCGACAUACAUACCCUACGCAGACACCCUCAACAUCCACAUGGUCACAGCCGCGGACGCCUCAGCCCCGGGACAGUGCAGCGGGACCCCAGCCCACCCCCCUCGGCGCCCACACACGUGCUUUCGGGGUCCCGCGGCCCCAAGCGGAAACUCUACAGUGCUGUGCCGGGACGCACCUUCAUCGUGGUCAAGCCCUACACACCACAAGGAGAAGGAGAGAUCCAGCUGAACCGUGGAGAGAGGGUCAAAGACUACCACUCAAACGCAGUGGAAGUGGCCAUUGAGACAGAGGAAAAUGUAUAUGAAGAAAUUCUGCUUGAGGCAGCAGAAGUGAGUGAAGCAGAAGAAAGCCAGUCUGAGGAUAAUGGUGAUGAAGUGUUGAGUAUAGGUGAAGGGGGAUUCUGGGAAGGCACAGUGAAAGGAAGAACUGGCUGGUUCCCUGCAGAGUGUGUGGAGGAGGUGCAGAUGAGACAGUAUGACCCUCGUCUAGAAACAAGAGAGGAUCGUACCAAGAGGCUAUUCAGACACUACACUGUGGGCUCCUACGACAACUUUACCUCUUACAGUGAUUACAUCAUUGAAGAGAAGGAUGCCGUGCUUCAGAAGAAAGAGAAUGAAGGUUUUGGCUUUGUCCUGCGAGGAGCGAAAGCGGAGACACCCAUCGAGGAGUUUACUCCCACACCUGCCUUCCCUGCAUUGCAGUACCUGGAGUCUGUUGAUCUGGAGGGUGUGGCCUGGAGGGCAGGGCUAAGGACAGGUGACUUCCUCAUUGAGGUGAAUGGGGUGAACGUAGUGAAGGUGGGCCAUAAGCAAGUGGUGUCCCUCAUCCGGCAGGGCGGAAACAGUCUGUUGAUGAAGGUGGUGUCCGUCACACGCAAACCCGAGUCUGAGGAUGUGGUCAGGAAAAAGGCACCGCCGCCACCCAAGAGAGCACCCAGCACUACACUCACCCUGAGGAGCAAGAGCAUGACCGCUGAGCUGGAGGAGCUGGCAUCUGCAAGAAGGAGGCGAGGAGAAAGGCUAGAUGAAAUCUUGGCCUCUCAGGAGUCAGUGCUGAAGCCACAAGUGGAGGCAGACUACAGAGCAGCCACAGUGAAGCAACGACCAACCAGUCGCCGAAUUACACCAGCAGAAAUCAGUGGUCUUGCUUUACAUGGUGCCCUUCACCCAGCGCUGGAAAAAGCUCACAUGCAGCUGCCCAAAGGCAUGUCCAGAACCAAGUCCUUCGGAGCCACUGAGGAGGACCGGCUGUCUGCCCUGGCGGCAGAGCAUAGGUUUCCCCGGAGCUCCUCUAUGACGGACAGCCUGAGAGACAGUCACAGCAUCCCUCCCCCUCCCCAGACGGCACCCCCUCCUCCACCUUCGCUCUACUAUCUGGACACAGGACCUCCUCCAGCUUUCUGUCCCCCGCCCCCUCCCCCCAGUCGACUUCACGACCCCAGUCGCUCCAGCUUUAAGCCAGGCUCGGAGCCAAGGCUGCAUGCCCUGCCGCAGACCAUGUCAGCUGAGAUGUACGAGCCGCCCCGGCACGCUGCCCACAUUGAGCGGCAGAAGAAGGCUCGGUCCAUGAUCAUCUUGCAGGACUCCACCCACCUCCCUGUGGAACCCACGGACAUCCCACGGCCUGGCCCGGCCUCCACCCCGCCUGAGAGGAUCAAGAGGAAAGGGCGGGUCAUCGACAACCCUUAUGCCAAUGUGGGCCAGUUCAGCAUGGGCCUGUACACGCCACCGCCCAGCAAGCCCCAGCGUAGGAAGAGCCCACUGGUGAAGCAGCUGCAGGUGGAAGAUGCCCAAGAAAGGGCAUCGCUGGCCCUGGCUUCAGUCCAUGCACGGGAGCACUCGCCCACGGGCCGGCUGGUGGCCCACCACACCAGCAGGGCCGAGUACUACCAGCAACAGCUGCUACAGGAGCGUACACGUGCCCAGGCUGAGGGGCUGCUACAGGGCAAAGGGCCUUUUGCCGCUGCCAUCGCUGGUGCCGUUAAGGACAGGGAGCGGCGCCUUGAGGAGCGGCGGAAAUCCACAGUCUUCCUGUCCGUGGGCACAAUGGAAGGCAGCUCGGCCACUCCUGUAGAGGCUCCCUCCCUCACACAAUCCCAUUCUGUUGAUGAACGCUUGCUGACUAGUGAGCUCGGUCACCUGCCUCCUCCUGCCUUGGCACUGCGACCCUCUCCGGGCGGCACCACCUUUAUCCACCCACUGACAGGCAAGCCCCUGGACCCCAACUCCCCGCUGGCACUUGCGCUGGCCGCAAGGGAACGGGCUUUAACUUCCCAGAGCCAGUCCCCUGCCAGCAGCCCUGAGCCCAGGACUAAACAUGAAGCUGCUGGAGGGGUGUUGCUCAUGGACACCCAAACCAAAGAGGCAGAGCGUUCAGAAGGUGAGGGGGAGCUUGCCUCACCCCCCUUCUCCCCAGGAGGUAAAAGGAGCUACACUCCUGCCCCUUCUAGCAAAAUCCAGUGGGGGACACCCACCACUGCAAGAAAAGAAAUGGAAAUAGGAGCAGAUAAGAAAGACGAGAGGAAGGUAGAAGACAAGAAGAGCAUGAUCAUCAGCAUUAUGGACACAUCACAGCAGAAGACUGCUGGGCUUAUUAUGGUUCAUGCAACCAGUAAUGGACAGGCAGUGGGACUGGGUCCAGACCGUGUUUCCCCCCCUCCCAAAGGUAUGCGAACAGAGAGCCCGAAACCUAUGCUAGCUGAAAUCAAGCGUGCAAAAUCCCCUAGUCCAGAAGCAGCCUCCACAGCCACUCCAACACCCACCACACCCUCAACCCCCCAGGGUCUGCCUGGUCCCUCCUCAGAUAAACCCCUCCAGCCAUCCUCUAGCCCAUCUUCAGAUAAAACCUUGGCCCAGGGAAGCUCAGAGGAAGAUGUAGAGCCCUAUACAGUCACAUUACCACCUGCUAUGCUGUCCUCUAGUGAUGAGGAGACACGGGAGGAACUUCGCAAAAUCGGAGUGGUUCCUCCACCAGAUGAAUUUGCCAAUGGUAUCCUGGCAAAGGCACCGGAAGCUGCUGUACCUCCAUCUCUUCCUUCGGCAGGCAAGCAAACAGUUCCCUCAGACUCAGCCCAGGCCCCUGCCCCUUCGACAGCAGCUGCUGCCACAGCAGCACAGGCCCCCGCCGCCAUCGGCCCACCAGCAGCCUCAGGGAAGCCAUCUGAGCCCCACCUGGGCCCAGAGUCUGCUGCUGACUCUGGGGUGGAGGAGGUGGACACUCGUAGCUCCAGUGAUCACCACCUGGAGACCACGAGUACCAUCUCCACCGUCUCCAGCAUGUCCACACUGUCCUCAGAGAGUGGUGAGCCCACCGACACCUACACCUCCCAUGCCGAUGGCCAGACCUUCAUCCUCGACAAGCCGCCAGUGCCUCCAAAGCCAAAGCUCAAGUCCCAGCUCAGCAAGGGCCCCGUGACGUUCAGGGACCCCCUGCUUAAGCAGUCCUCUGACAGCGAGCUGCUCUCACAGCAGCACGCGGCUGCGCUGGCUGCCGCCACGGGGGCCUCAGGCCCGCCAAGACCCCGCUACCUCUUCCAGAGACGCUCCAAGCUAUGGGGGGACCCCAUAGAGCCCCGUCCGCUUGCAGGCGCAGAGGAAGGCAAGCCCACUGUGAUAAGCGAGCUCAGUUCUAGACUGCAGCAGCUCAACAAGGACACGCGUUCGCUUGGAGAGGAGCCUCUUGGAGGCUCACUCGACCCUGGACGCAAGUCGCCUGUGGCUGGUGCCAGACUCUUCAGCAGUCUAGGAGAGCUCCACACCAUCUCUCAGAGAAGUUACGGUACCACCUACACCAUCCGGCCGGGCAGCCGUUACCCGGUGACCCGUCGGACUCCCAGCCCUGGCUCUGGCUCUCCAGACCGCUCUGACCCUCUAGGACCUAUCCGGGGCUUUGGCCUGGCUACCUCCCCCACUACUCCCCCCACCAUCCUCAAAUCCUCUAGCCUCAGCCUGCCUCAUGAGCCUAAAGAGGUGCGCUUUGUAAUGCGGAGCUCCAGCGCCAGGAGUCGCUCCCCAUCGCCUGCCCAUUCCCCCGGCCUGCCUGCCCCACUGCUGACCCUGCGCCCCUUCCACCAGAAGCCUCUCCACCUGUGGAACAAGUACGAUGUGGGCGACUGGCUGGUGAGCAUUAAUCUGGGUGAACACCGUGAGCGCUUCCAGGAGCAUGAGAUCGAGGGCUCCCACCUGCCUGCACUCACCAAGGACGACUUCGCCGAGCUGGGGGUGACCCGCGUCGGACACCGAAUGAACAUCGAGCGCGCCCUGAAACAGCUGCUGGAGAGUUGACCCCUCGCCCUGCUGCGUCUGUAGCUAGUCUCACCACAAAGUUCUCUUUUUUGCCACACUUUUCCUUCAUCAUUUUUGCAUGGGUUUUGUUUUCUUUUGUGAGUUUCGUUUAAUGUGUCCUUACUUAGGCCCUGAGUCAUCUUAUUAGUUCAAAGGAAGUAAGCCCCACCUCUUUAGUAGCAGUUUCGCUCCAAACCCCUCCCAUUUUGCUACUGGCAGACGAUUAGAUGGGUUCCGUUUAUUAGAGUGGGGCUCAGAUUUGCAUGAUUCCCGUGUAGAACACCUUAUCAGUGAAAGCUUGACUUGCAUUACUGAACACGAUAUUCACCCUCGGUUUCCAUACCUCCUCUCCUCCCUCUUUCCCCCCUUCCUGUACCCUUGGCCUAUCGCUAUCUGCCGCUUAAGGUUCUCCCAGUCAUUCAAAGAAAAACAACAAAAAAAACAACAACAAAAGGAGGGAUGAUGUUGGAAGAAGGAAGUUCAGUUGCCUUUCAGAGUAUUUUUUAGUCGUGGAUGAGCAGAGUGGGUGUGGCUGGGUCGUUUCUACUUGCGGCCUGCCCCCUUCUGGCUGAGGGACGUAUUACAUCUGGAGAAUGUUAAACCAACACUAGUGGCUUUUUCAUAAUCAAGACAUUUCCUUUGGGGUUCCAAAGGGAACGUGACAUUAGAUAGGAUAUCUCAAUGUAUUUGCAUAGCUUUGAAAAAGGAGAGAGACUGAAAAAAGACAAGAUGAACUGUGCAGAAGUGCACUAGUCUCUCUCCCUUAGAUGAUGUUUAUUCCAUCAAUAAUUUACUCAUUUUUACCAAUUAUAUACAUAUAUAUAUUUGACAGAAAAGUAUAUAGAUAUAUGAAUAUAACAUUUUGUCAGAAAUAUAAAACUUAUAUAUGGUAUUCUAUAUAAAGACAAAAAACACUGUUGAAAAUGACUUUUUUUCCUACUGGUCAUCCUUUUAUGGACUGUAGCAUGAAAAGUCACAUCUUGAGGUGUGACAGGUAUCAGAUUUGUUAACAGCGCAUUGUACCAUCCCCUUUUUUCCACUUACUUUAUUUGAUGAGUUUAUGUAAUUUACAAAACUUGGUCUUCCGCCUACAAUUAGGGGGUCCCAUGGUGGAGAGUGUGUUGGAUUGAGCCCCUGUAUCUCACACACAAACACACACAACUAAGUACUUGACAACAUCUCUGUGACACUGUCAACGAACAGCUCCUCGCACACUCGCACACAUGAAUAUUCCUCCAUAUCAAAUUUUACCCAAAGUCUUAACCAUCUUCUGUGCAGUAUUUUUUAUUUGGUGAUUUUUAGGUAAAUUUGAGAUCAGCUACGCAAUAAAAGAGUGUGCUUGCGUGUUUUUGUGUGGUGUGAUGGGGCCACCGUGGGAUGUGAAACAUCUUUACCCUACAUGGUAGCUCAGCUGCAUGUUACUGACAGAUGUUUAAGAUCUCAUAAAAGAAACAGAAGGCAGAAUCUAUAAUUGUAAGAGAUUUUCUGAGCCACUACACAGGGGCUCGUGUGGCUCAGGGGCUCUUCAGCUCAGCUCUAAAGCACUGAAGCAUUUCGGCAGUUCAUUUGGGCUUAUUUAUUUAUUUAUUGUUUUCUGUUAAACCCCAUCAUAGGUGGAUUUUGUAGCUUGUGAAAUAUACUGCUUAGAAUAAUUUUUUAUUAAUUACCUUAGACUGAAUUUUAGAAAGACUAAUAGAUGAUGACACUUAAAAAAAGCUGUCCUUUCAAAACUCACGACUGUAUAUAUGGACAAAUUACAAAUUAUUUGCUUUUUAUAUCAAUCACAAGCAAUGUAUAUAUGAUAGUUUUCAUAUAAAUUUUUAAAAAUCAAAAAAUAUAUAGAUCUAUAUAUGAAUGUUUGGCAUAUAUGCAUAGUUAACCACCUGUCGAAAAAGGUGAAAAAGAUUUUAUCCUUUGUAUGGACCGAGUUUGGGGAUGAUUUGCACAAAACAAGGUGCUAGCAUUCAAGCCAUCCAUUCUCAUUCUCCACUUCCAUCACUUCCAUCUUACCUCUAAGAAUACAACACACACGUUUAAUUCAGUGUCACUACGCAUGUGCGCAAACACACACAAAUCUCACCAGUUUAUUUACUUUACUUUAAGAAAUGUUGGUACCAGAAGAAAAAGACAUGAGUAUUAAAUGUCUGAAUAAGAACUGACAUUAGACAUUAGCCUGUGUGCUAAAAUACCUAAACACCAACGAUUCAUCACUGAUGUUGGAAUCCACAAAGUGAGUUCAGACAUGAGAGCCAAGGACAAGUCCUCUUUUGCAGAAUCCAUGCAUCUUUAUAAUGAAACCUUCUGGAGCCACCCCCCCAUGUACUUGGCAGGAACACUGUGUUGUAAAUCCGCUAUCCUGAUGGCUAUGUUGUUUUUAGAAUUAGCACCUAUCAUCACUUUGAGUCCUAAUCCACAUCUCAGAGCCUUCCACUGCGCCCUUCUAGCAUAUGGGCUUGGAUGCAGGUGGGAAUUCUGGUCGCCUAAUUUACAAAGUGGACUUUUUUCAUUCCUCCACUUGGAUGAGAAUAGUGCUAGAGAAAGGGAAAGGACCAACCUCACCUCAUGUCUUCACAACCAAGAAAAGGAAAACUGAAAACUGAACAUAGCAUUUACUCCCUAGUCCAUAUAUGGAAACUUUUUGAUGUCACUGCUUUUGUGAUGUCACAAAAAGCAGUGCAUUUUAUUAUGACAUGGGCUCUUUAACUGAAUUAACAUUUCAGAAUUCAAACUUCUUUAAUAAUGAAGAAGAAUAAUUAAGAACUGAACAAAACCACAGACAGAGGUAAUGCCUUUCCCUUUUCCCUCCUGUAUAAGGCGUCCAAAUUGUUUAAGCUCUGAAGCUAGAACGUUGCAGAGGGAAAGCUCUGAGCUGAUUUGGAGAUGGAACCCUGAGAAAACUGUGACUUACAUUCACGUCCUCCACUGCAGACCAGCAUUUUUUUUUAUAUCAUACUUGGAAAUGUGCAUCAAGUAGCUCUUAAUUGAACUUAAUCCUGGAAAUGAGCUUCUUUUCCAAAGCUUUUCAAGCUUAGUAAUUAAUUUAAAAUCUAGUUAAAGUAAUUAAACCUAUUGUGAUUUUAAUUUGGAGAGGAGGAACCAGCCUCUAAAAUAGAUGAUUUAUGGUUCUGUCCAUAUAAAACAACGUACAUUCUUGUUUGCUUUAAGAACACCAGAUGCUGUUGAUUUGUGACUGUCUCUCCUUCCUGAGAGAGACAGAGGAAGAUAACUGGUGUUGUUCUGCUCUGCUUUGGAUUUUACACGGACAUCCUGAGCCCAUGAAUUAUGUUCACAAUCAGUCCUCUCUUUGAACCCAUAACGUUCAUUUGCACUGGUCAUAUUCAUAUUCCAGCACUCUCUUCAUCCCCUCUCUUUAUUUUGGGAUAUUUAUUUUUGUGUUUGUGUCUGUAUGGAGUGAUUAGUAAUUACAAGUGAAAGAUGAAAAGAAAAAAAAAGAAUGUGCCAAAAAGUAAGUAGUUUUUAGCUUGACAAUAGUUCUGUUGAGGUCUAAAGCUGUUAGAAUCAGCACUAUGGUGCCACCUCCUGGAAAUCUUGAGAACUCCAGACAGUUCCAGCUGCAUCUCUCAUUGUAUCUAGUGCAGAAGGUUUUUUUUUCCUUCGAGUAGAAGUCAGAUACAUUUUUAUGUUUUGUAAAGUAUUACACUAACCUGUAACUGACCUGGUUUUAUGGGCUUUUCAAGGACACUUCAGUUCUGGGUUUGAGUAUUAGUUUUGUUUUGGCUGAACUCCAGCGAGCUUUUGAGUGACUGACUGCAUUAGAUUGACUUUCCCCUCUUUCCCCCUUCCUCUUCACUGAUGCAGCUCAGAUACAGGAGGGCUUUGAUUCUUUAAACAAAAAAAAUAGAGUGACAAUGGAAAUUGCAGAUGAUUUCUUUGUAACUUUACCAUAUUUAACAAAAAUGGUUGGGGGAAACAUGAAAUAAAACACAUCAUUCACAUUACCAUGCUCUGUAGAGUUGUCACUCUUGUUUCCUGACCAACAAAAGCACAAUAAAAAUGGUAAGAAAUGCA